GCGCUGAUACCCGCGGCGAGACCCCCGGGCCAGGAACGAGGAGGAAGAGGGGCGCCUGCCGGAGUCCCGGGGCGGCUUCGGGGCUUGGAGGCGGCGGUCGCGGUCCCGCGGCCGCGGGGCUCUCCCCGUGCCCGGCCGGGGCGCGGCGGCGGAGCGGGCCCCGCGCGGGAUGAGCCGCCGCGCCGCCAGCACUGCCGGCUCCGCGCAGAUUGCCAUAUGCAAUGGACACUGAUCUCAGUUCCCAGGACAGGAAGGACCUGGACAAGUUCAUCAAAUUUUUUGCUUUAAAGACAGUACAAGUAAUUGUCCAGGCCCGACUUGGAGAGAAAAUCUGUACCCGCUCAUCAUCCUCCCCAACAGGUUCUGACUGGUUCAAUUUGGCAAUCAAAGAUAUACCAGAGGUUACUCAUGAAGCAAAGAAAGCCCUGGCAGGACAGCUGCCUGCUGUUGGACGGUCUAUGUGCGUGGAGAUUUCUCUCAAAACCUCAGAGGGGGACUCCAUGGAGCUGGAAAUUUGGUGUCUAGAAAUGAAUGAAAAGUGUGACAAAGAAAUCAAAGUUUCAUACACUGUAUACAACAGGCUGUCUCUACUGCUGAAGUCUUUGCUUGCUAUAACCAGAGUAACUCCAGCCUACAGACUCUCGAGGAAACAAGGCCAUGAAUAUGUAAUAUUGUACAGGAUAUAUUUUGGUGAAGUCCAGCUGAGUGGCUUGGGAGAAGGUUUCCAGACAGUCCGUGUUGGGACAGUGGGUACCCCAGUGGGCACCAUCACUUUGUCUUGUGCCUACAGAAUCAACCUUGCUUUCAUGUCAACCAGGCAAUUUGAGAGGACCCCUCCUAUCAUGGGGAUUAUAAUUGAUCACUUUGUGGACCGUCCCUAUCCCAGCUCUUCACCCAUGCAUCCCUGCAAUUACAGAGCUGGUGAGGACAAUGGUGCAGUGUAUCCCUCAGUAGAAGAUUCCCAAGAAGUGUGUACCACAUCUUUUUCCACCUCUCCUCCAUCUCAACCUGCUGCCCUGGGAGUUGGAUCAGCUGACAUGGGGUAUCCUGUACUCUUUGCUGGUGGCUUGAAUGCUGCACACCCUCACCAGUUGAUUGGUCCAGGCAAAGAAGGGGGAGUUCCCCCAGUUCCUAGCCAGCCAGCACAUGGCACUCAAGCUGACCAAGAGAGGAUGUGCACCCCCCUGGAUGGAGUCCAUUACUCAGCAGCUACUCCUUCUAGCAGUGAGGACACAGAAACAGUAUCCAACAGCAGUGAAGGAAAGUGUGGCUCCCCACAUGACCUUUUGGAGACCAUCUUUAUCCGGAAGGUGGGAGCUUUUGUCAACAAACCCAUUAACCAGGUGACCAUGGCCAACUUAGACAUUCCUUUUGCCAUGUUUGCUCCCAAGAAUGUUGAGCUGGAAGAUAACGACCCCAUGGUCAAUCCUCCUGAAUCCCCAGAAACAGAAUCUCCUCUACAAGGCAGCUUGCACUCGGAGGGCUCCAGUGGCAGCAGCACAGGGAACACCCAUGAUGACUUUGUUAUGAUUGACUUUAAACCAGCAUUUUCAAAAGAUGACAUUCUUCCAAUGGACCUGGGGACAUUUUACCGUGAAUUUCAGAACCCCCCUCAACUCAGCAGCCUCUCCAUUGACAUUGGAGCACAGUCCAUGGCAGAGGAUUUGCUGGUGGGGAUUGCACAAGGUGAGGCCCCAGUGCACCUCCUGUUCCUGCAGAACAAACAAGACUCUGGGCAGAGUGCUCUGCUCAGGGUCACUUGCUGGAUGCUGCCAGAGGGCUCCUGGUUUUGUGCACGUAGAAAGGUGAGCCCAGAGCAUUGGCAAGGGACUGCAUGACUCAGAAACAGGGGUUUUUUUUCCCCCUAGUGUGUUUAAAACUUCCCUUCUGUCUGCUGUGAAUGAGCCCUGAUCUGCACCUUUCCUUACCCUUCCAGGACUCGUUACCAGAGAAGCUGGCAGUCCAUGAGAAAAACGUCAAAGAAUUUGAUGCUUUUGUGGAAACCUUGCAGUGAACCCAUUUCCCAGUUCUGCUGCAGCAAUUCUUUCCUCUCAAGGCAUCCUGGAGAUGACAUCAACAAAUAGCUCUAUCACCCCUGCUCUGCCUUUUGUUCACAUUGACUAGUUCCUUCCAUCAAGUGAGCUUUCUUUUCUCUCUUCAGUGACAGAUAUGGCUCAUCUGCUGAUUCUCCUCAACUUUUCCACCACAUAGCUCUGGACCACUUUUCCUGUUCACAGUCAGUUUUAAAACUUCAGUAGGGACACAGGAGGUCAAACUCCAGUGUAUGGAAACCUACUGUCUCCUCAGUCUGUGUUCUGUAUGGAGGGACUUUGUGCAAAGUUGCCAUAUGCUUCCUCCAAAGGUCCUAUGGUGCAAGUUCCCUAGGUAGAGCUUCUUGCUAACAGACUUUUUCCUACAGUCUCUGAUCCUGUAAGAGCAUAGAAAGCUUUGGCUUAUUUCCAGGGUCUGUGAGUUCAGCAAAUUCAACCAUUUGAAGUCCAGGACAUCCAUUCCACAGAACUGGGCAUUUCAUCCUGACUUCAGAGUGUGUGCUUGGAGCCCAGGGAGAGAUGUCAGCUUUGGGACCUGCAUAAUACAAGUUACCCUUUUCUUCCUGCUUCUAAGGAACUGGGUCUCUACACAGUGAUUUUGUGCAAGUCCCUCUGUUAGGUGGCUGAUAAGCAGGAGUAAAACUACAGGAAUGCUUUCCACAUUUCCUUCCCGAGUGCACUGACACUCCAUGCUGAGUUUAAGUGUUGACUGUUGGCAAGCCUGCACAUAGCAGCUCUGAUGAUGCUGAAUUCAUAGUCUCUGCUUCUGAAACAUAACUGUAAAUACUAGGAAUCCUAUUUCUUUAGGGUUAUGUAACUAGGAGUCUUAGUUCAAGAUUUUUUUCCUCUAAUCCCUGCAAGCCUUCCUGCUUUAUGGUUAAUAGAUGAUCUUAAGAAUUAAAAAAAUAUUUAUUGCUUUUAAAGAAACCUAUAUUUAAAAGAUGUUCUGUUUUCAUGUUAUAGUGCGGGUCAUUCUGUACUGAUCACUGCAGAGAGCAUGUGCCAUGGAACCCUGGCCUGUGAGACUGGUCUCUCUUUGCAGGAAAAUAUCCAAGAUAUUUAUUUUCUAAGACAGACUUGAUUAAUAUUAUACUCUGUUUUGGGGACUGUAUGUCCAUAACACCUAGUCAGGGCUCACUGAUAAAAUGAAAUGCACACAUCGGUGGAAUGGAGUGACAGGGACUUGGUAAAAAUGCUGUUUUCUGAUAGGCAUGGAUGAAUUUGUAGUGUUCUUUGGCCAUUCAGAAGGCAGCUCCUAUAAAGAAGCACACUUUUUUUGGGAAGCUUAUGGUACUUUUUAAUCAGCUGGCUUUUGAGUAGCUGAAAUUUUAUUUUUGUAAUAAUCUGGUCAUCAGCAGUGGGACUGGCUGGCAUUGUUCUGUGGGUGAUUUGGCUGUUGUAUGUCUUCUGCCUCAUCUAAGGAUGGGAGAAGAAACAGUGACACUAAGCAGAAACUUGGAUAAGGUGGGUUUUCUUGUGGUUCUCUCUCCUCCUCCCCCGUGUAAUUAGAGUGAGCAACUGCAAGACCCCUUACUGUCCAAAACCACUCUUUUUUUCCCCCCCGUCUUUCUUUUAAGUGGAGUUGUGUUGCUUGAGUACUGAGAAACCAUUUCCUCAGACUGGCUGAGUAACCAGCCUUCUGGGUGGUGCAGUGUGGCAGCUUCUUCAGCUUAGCUGCAUUCAUAGCUGGAAGAAAUUGCCUGGAGCUGAUGGAGGAACCCCAGCUCCACUCUGGAAUACUAUUUCUGUGCCACUGCUGGAGCAAGGAGCCAAAUUCAGAACAAAGCUUACUGUCAAGGCCACAGCAAUGCAAUGCUUUGAACUUAACGAAAUUUUUUGUUGAGAGGUGUUUGUUGGGGGGGCCUUGUAAGUUCUAAAAGUCCAGGUAAGAGCUUCAUUGAAGGAAAGUUAUCCACCAGAACUUUUAUAUUUUACUCAACCAAUUCAACUUUUUAGCAACCUCACACAGAAAUUGCUUUGUCAGUGCAAGUAAGAUGCACAAACAAUUAAGAAAGCUUCCAAGAUGAAACAUUUUAUAACACAGCUUUAGUUAGGUGGGCUAUAACAAGUACUUGAUCCCCCUCCAAGAUCCACCUUGUUUCACAGGUGGAAAGGGGUGCAGAAGGGUGCAAGAAUUCAUGGAUCAACUGCCUCUCACCUGUGCUCAGGAAGUUGGUCUGCCACUGUAGGAAGUAGCUCAUAGACAGGUGCUUGUCACCUUCAGUCUCUAAAGUGAUACCAUCUGGGCUGCAGAGCAGCAGAGAUGAGGCAAAGUGCUGGUUCACACUGUAUGAAUAGAGAACAGUCGAGGUUAAACUUUAUCUAGCCAGCACUCCUGCUGUUCUCAUCUGCUGACAAGCUGUGGAGCUAGCAGGGAGCAGUGCCAUUCUUGUUAAUCCCACCCAGGAGGUCAGGGCUUGCACUUGUGCUCCUUUAUUGAUGACAUGGCUGCAGCUCUCACAUCUCGUAAGGCAGAAUGUCAAUGUGGCACAUUUUUUUCUCUUCAAAAGGCUGCAAAAUUGCCUAUAUAAGCUGCUAGUGUUGAGCUGGAUGGCCAUAGCAAUAAGAGAUUCUCCAGUGCUGAGCUGAGCUACCUGCCUCUUCUCUGGACAUUCCUCAGUUUCAACACCCAGUUGCUACAUCUAGGCUCUGAGUUCCCUGACACUGCACAAAUGCUCUGCUUCAGUAACGAUGUAGCUGCUGCUGUGGCCUGCCACAGAUUGUGUUAUGAAGGCUGUUUAUUUUAGCAGCUCUCUGCUCGACUCAAGGACAGUAUGGACAUAGCUGCUGAUUUACAGAUACUCUGGGUGGAGGGGAAGGCUCCUCAAGUGUAUUGUUUUGGAAAGUCUCUGGUGUAUUUCAAGUAUUCAAAGAAUUUCCAAUAAAACUUUUGUGUAAGCAACA